AAUAGGAGCGAUUUUUGUGCGAAAACAAAACGAUUGACUGUUUUGUUGAUAACAAAAAACACUGACAACUGAUUAACCGCUUCUUGGGAUCAGUUGUUUUGGUGAUACCAUGUCUUCAGACAGAGUGAUAGCGUUGAUAGAUAUGGACUGCUUUUACGUUCAGUGCGAACAACGAUUGGCGCCCAACCGGUGGUCACAGCCGUGCGCUGUCGCCCAGUAUAACAACUGGAAAGGCGGUGGACUGAUAGCCGUGAACUACGAGGCCAGGGAUCGGGGCGUAAAGCGGGGAAUGCGGGGCACAGACGCCACUGCCCUCUGCCCUGAGUUACACAUCUUUUCUGUGCCCGAAGUGCGCGGAAAAGCCGAUCUGACCCGCUAUCGGGACUGCAGUCACGAAGUGUUCGCCGCAAUGACUCAAUUGGUGGCCACUUUGAGCCCCGAUAUCGUUGUGGAGAAGGCCUCAGUCGACGAGGCGUUCAUCGAUCUGACCAAAUAUGUGGACCAAUUGGUCGCUCGUUUGGAUCCAAUUCCCGCCGGCGCUGACCUGAAGGACACUAAACUCGAGAUGAAUGCAGACAAUAACUGCGGCGAAGACGACGACGAAGAAGAUGUGAACGCGGGUACUGUUGAUGAGAAGUACGAUUUGACCAAAUGGUUGGAUCUGUUGCGGGACAAUGUGUUUGCGUUCGCCAAUGAGAUUCGUUUGGCGUUCGGCGCGCUUAUUGUCCAACAGAUUAGGGCCGAAAUCGCGACCAAAACUGAGUUCAAGUGCUCGGCGGGCAUCAGUCAUAACAAAACGCUGGCCAAACUCGCGUGCGGUAUCAAUAAGCCCAACGCCCAGACCAUACUUCCGCGCGCGGGUGUCGACCAGUUCUUCAAACGCAUGGAUAUAUCGAAAGUGCGGUCUUUGGGCGGAAAGUUAGGCCAGAGUGUGAAACAGGCGUUCGGUGUGAACACUAUGUAUGAACUGAAAUGUUUGGAUUUCAUUCAAUUGUGCCGACAGUACGACCAGAAGACCGCCAAAUGGCUUAAGGAAAUGGGCGACGGGUUGGACGACGAGCCGGUCAGCGAUCGUCAACUGUCCAAAUCGAUCGGUUGCGGCAAAAACUUUCCCGGCAAAACCUGUUUGACGACAAUCGCUGACAUCAAACACUGGGUGAGACAGUUGUGCGAAGAACUCGUCGAACGUAUCGCUCGCGACAAAGAGAUGAACAAACGGUCGCCCAAACUGUUGACCGUUAGCUACCGGUUGGCCGACAAGACUGGCGAUCAUAACUCGCGGUCAGUGCCGCUGUUGGACGAGCAAAGCACCGCCGAUGCGACCCAAUUGGUCGAUCUGGUGAUGCGACAGGUGUUUAGCAAAAUGGCCGCCAAAAUGGAUCCGUUAACCAAUCUAAUGAUCGCUGCGUCAAAGUUUGUGGACGAUUGUGACGAUCCCUCACAUAAUACACACAAAUUAGACAAUUAUUUCUCGAAAGUUAACAAAAGCCAAGCCUUCAAAACUCAUGGCAGCGCUUCCGCCGCCGCCACCGAUGGUAACGAUCCCUCCGCUAAACGGUUCAAGAGUUUUGUCUCAAACACCAAAACGUUGAAAGACUUUUGGACUAAUAAUAGCACUAAUAGUUGUAAUAAUAUUAAUCAUAAUUUGAUUACAAGUGAGCCAUCAGUUAGUGAUGGAGAGAACGGAUCAGAUGUUGAGAUAAUUGAGACAAAUGUUGCGCCAAAUGAUGCGUCAAAUAAUGCGCCAAAUAAUUUAUUACUCAAUACAACAAACACUACAACAGAUAAUACUACAAGAAUUAAAGCUAUAAACCAUAAGACAAAGAGUGAUAAGACAAUGAAUGGUAAGCCAAUUGUGACAAAAUCAAUAUACGAGCAAUUGGUGCGAAGGCCUAAACGGAAGGGCCCGCCGACCAAACCGGGCUUUUUUAGACGUAAAGCCAUGCAAUUUAAAGCCGAAGCGAAGGCUAAGGAAGAGAGGGAACGGCUGGAGAGGACGGCCAAGAAGUCGGAGCGAUGGGAACGACUCGAGAGACAGAAGAGGAUUGAAAAGAGUGGCAAAACUAAGAUUACCGGUUAUUUUAAGCCCAAAUCAGCCAUAAGUAGUUGAUUUGUGGUCUGAUAUGUUGUUUAUUGUCUGCGUUAAUGGUUUAGUUUAUUAUAUGUUUUUAUCAAUCAAUUGUUCAUUAAUUGAUGUGUGUUUUUAUCGUGAUUUUAAUUAUAUAUAUUAUUCUUAAUUAAUUAGGUAUGAAUCAAAUGCACUGAAUUCUGUGAACC